AUUGGUUAAUCUAUGAUAAGUAGGUCAAUCAUCUCAUGAAAAGUUGUAGUUCUUGUAGUAUAUGUCAAAUAAAGGUUAGGAUAUUUGAAAUUCUGUUUUGUUUGUUGCCCAAAAAAAUUUAUAUAUUGAAAAAUUUUAAAAUGCCUAAGGAAAAUAAGAGAAAAAUUUGGGAAAAGGAAAGAAGAGAUCAUUUGAAAGAAGCUUUCAUCAAAUUAGAAAAACUUCUGCCGUCUUAUGACCCAUCAUGCUCUUUUUCAAGGAUAGAUGUUAUAACAAAAAGUAUAGAAUAUAUUCAAGAAAUGAAGAAUGUAGUUCAAGAGCUUUCGAAUAAACAAAGUGCAGUGAAUCCCAAGGUCCUUAAAAUGAAGAAUCUCCAAGAUAGAAUUAAAAGAUUAGUGAGCAGAAUGGAGAUAUUGAGCAAAUUAUUGAGAGAAGCAAAAAUACCUAUACCUAAUGCUCGAAGUUGGAAAGACUUCAGUUAUAGAAAUUAUAAAUGGAGUGGCAAAAUAAAUGAACAAACAUUUUUAGCUCAUAAAAAUAAGAAAAAAAAGAAAAAUGAGAUUGAUGAUAUUAAUGGAAAUGUGAACAGUCAGAAAUCCAAUAGGAAAACAAAGGGUGAAUCUAAUUCUUUUACUUCAGUCCAAAAACAUCGUAAAAACAAUGUUAAUAGAGUUACAAACGAAGUAUCUCCAAAACAAGAGCCUUUACAUCUACCUACUUCAAAUUGUGUUAUAAUUUAUACACAAGCAUAUAAUACAGCACCCUGCUAUUUGGUCACUAGUGCCCCUAGUAAACUUUCAGGAUGUUCACAAACAGUCAUCACAAACUCAAUUGUGGGAUCAAAUCCUGUUAUGACUACGAAUGCUACAGGAUCAGGAAGUAGGAAAGCUGUGACAGAAUAUAAUUCGAAAAUGCAAACCCUCGGUGCUGGAACACUAAUAUUAGCUAAUGGCAGUAUUUAUCCAGUGCUACCACAACCUCAACCUAUUUUACAAACCCCCAUGCUUGUUCAAGUUACUAAAAAUUCAAAUGGAAUGAUUAUCCAAUCCGACAAUGGAAAAGCUGAAAAAAAGGAAAACAUUGAGCAGAAUACUUCAAAUAAACCUAAAAAAUUCAAGAAGGAAUCAGCGACAAAAAAAUCCUUGGUCAGUCAUACAAAUGAUCAAAAUAGUGAGAAUUCAAUUCCACAAGUAUGUAUAAAACCGAAAUUUUCUACCAAUGUUUUGCGCUGUGGUCCAAACCUAAUCGUGAGUGAAAGUUCUUUAUUAGCAGCACAAAUCAAUAAAAUACCCAUUUCUUCUUCUUCUACUUGUAAUUACCUCAAGCCAAAGAUUCCAUUGGUGGUUAGAAAUAAAAAAAAAGCCGCAGGAAGAAAAGGAGGGCAGAGACCAGUGAGUAGGAUGGCUUUGGAAAAAAUUGGAAAAAUGUUUAGAAAAAGAGAGAUGGAAGAAAAGAAAAAAGCAGCUGAGGAAUACAAAUUAAAGGAAUCAUCCGUAAAUGACACUGAUAUAACAAACAAGCUGAUGCCUCAAAAGGAUGUGUCGAACAUAGUAAUUUCAGAAAGUCAACUGGAAAAUGGAUUGAAUUCAAUUGAAACAGAAGUCGUUCAGACAACUGAAAAUAAUUCAAAGUUGCAAAAAACUGUAUCUAUUAUUGCAGAUGACUUAGUGAGAGAAUCAAAUGAAAAAGCUGAAUCAGUAUUUGGGAGUGGAUCUGAAAUUACUGAAGACUCGAAACAUGAUAAUUUGGUAUCAAAAGAAGAGGAAAAGAUUCCACUAAAAGAGGAAAAUUAUGUUGAAGAGAAACAAGAGAAAAAUUUGAAUGAAUCAUUGCGCUUGACUGAGAUGCACCCCAAAACUCCCCAACCCGAGAUCCCUUCAGAUGUUCGAAAUAAGGAGACUGAGCUCAAUCAGAUUACUAAUAAUUCUGGAAAUGAAGAAAUUACUGAAACAUUGCAAGUUGUUGAUGAAUCGGAAAAUAAUGACACACUUCCUGUAAAUCAGAUACGAAACGAUGAACAAAAUUUAAGAACCGAAAGUAACUUAGAUUUAGAAAAUGUAUGCAAUAUGAACACGCAGUUGAAAAAUUUAGAUUUGCAUCUUGGACAUUCAGAAUUGUCAAAUGAUAUUUUUGCCUCACUUCAAGUUCCACCUGGUUGUCAAAAUCCAGAAUCCACAUCACCAACUGCCGCUUUUCUUCUUGCAUUUCCUCUUGUGUCAUCUUUGACAGGUGUCAAAGUUACUGAGGUUAUGGAUGAAGAUAACCCCGAUAGCCAAAGGGAAACUCCUACUCUUUUACAGAUCGGUAAUCUGGAUAACACGAAAUCAGUACAGUCUGAAAGUUUCAAUUCUAAUCUAUUGAAUAUGGAUUUCUUUUCUUCGAAGGAUAUUUAUGGCGGAUUUUAUAACUCUUUCGAACAGCAUUUGAGCAGUUUGACUGCCCUACCAUCUAGUAAUCCGAGUGAUAGUCCUAAAAUAACAGAAAAAAGCACUGGUAGUUCCAAGUUUGGCGAUAAUUUCAAAACUUCAAAUAACAUGGAGAAUAGCGAAAUAUCGAGUAAUUCUAAACAGACUUCGAUAAAUGAACAUAUAUUUUCAACAGCAAGAAAUUGUGGAGUUCCUUACAAUAGAAAUUUUUCAUCCAGCAUUGAUUGUCAACCAAAUUUUGCUUUUGAUAGUCAAAAACUGACCAAUUCAGUAUCAACGAAUGAAGGUCCUAAAGAUCAUAUUCCACCUCCCGUAUCAUAUUUGCAUAAAUCAACAUCACAAAAUGGUUUGAUAAAAGAAACACAGAAUAUUAAUGAAAACCUCAAUCUACAAUCUACAAAGACCAUUAAAAAAAUAGAAACCAAUCAGUCUCUUCCAGAGAAUGUUGACUCUAACCAUUUCUCUAAGAAUUCGGAACCGAAAGUCGAAUCUACGACAAAAAAUAUCAGAAACAGUUUUAUGAAACGAGAAACUUGUGAUAACAUUUUCAACAUUGAAAAUAUCAAUAAUAAUCUUUCAAGUGUACAUAAAUGUAUAGAACAAGUGAACAACAUGAAUUUUCAUGAAGAAAAACAAAAAUCGCUGAUUUCUGAAGAUUUUAAUCCACAAAAUUCUGGUACAAAAAAUAAUAUUCAAACGUUAUUCAAUGAGAACAUUCAAAAUACACAAAUAUCCUUCACGCCCAACAAAAACUUCAUAUCGACUUCAAUGCAAUCUGAUCAGGUGCACACCCAAUUCAAUGUUGAUAACAACGUUUCUUUGGUUUCUAAGAAUAUGAAUGGUAAAAACUCAUCCAACUACAGUCAAUUGAAUCAACAAGAUUCGUCAUCAAAGCCAUUCAUUCAACCGUAUUUUAUACCCGAUAAAAACUACCUAGAUAUAUCUGAUCAGAGCAACAUCAAGUCUUUCAACAUGGAUGGCAGAAAUAAUGACACCCAGAAAUAUUUCAAUUACAAUAAUUUCGAUUCGGAGAACAAAAAAUCUCUCAAGAAUAACGAAAUGAGCUUUGAUUUUAAUAUAGAGAAAAAGGGAACACCUGUUGCUAAAGCCGUUGAAUCCAAAGAGUUGCCUUCUAGUUGUAAUAUGGCUUAUUCAAACACAAUUUAUGAUAUCAAUAAUAUAACAAGAGUAUGUACGUGUGCUUACAGUUCGAAUAAACCUACUUCAGAACCUCUUUAUACAAAUAGUAAUAAUAAUAGCAAUUGUAACUACUACUCUAACAGUCAAAGCUACUUGAGUGAAUCAUGUUAUAAGAUUGUAAGAAACGAUAAAAACCAGGUGGCAUCGAAUAUAGAACCAUACACAAAUUAUAAGAAAACAGAUUUCAACAAUACAUAUUACUCCGAUAAUAUGAGAAAGAAUAAUGCAGCUUCUUCGAAAUCUCAGAAUCACCAGGAAAAAUCUACUUACAAUUGGAUGACAACUCCUUCAAAAUCAACAUCAGAUCAUAUUACUUCUAAUUUUCCAAAAGAUGAUAUGAUUUAUUCGAAUGCCAAUCUUAUUAGCGGUAAUCAAUCAACUUAUUUCAAUACUACAUCUAUGUAUUCAGCCGAACUUAAUAGUAAUUUAAGUCAAACAUCGAAAAAAACAUUUGAUUUAUCGCUUGGAAACACGAAUUACCAAAAAUCAGAAAUGGAAGAAGGUCAAAAUCAGUUCUCUUGGUCACCAACCAAAAUGCCUCAGUUUUUAGAUUCCGUACCCAGCUUCGUAUCUUCCACAUUGCCGACCCUGGUUGGAGAUCUUGCUUUAGGUUCUUCCAACUUUACUGAUCCAAAAUAUGAAUAUCCAACAAAUAGAUUUGUGAAAGACACAAAGAAUAAGGUUACUAACAAAAUGGCUUAUGAAAAUCAAAAUAAUUUCUUUUCAGUUAGUCAACUAGUACAUCAAACUGAUAAAACUGUACCUGCCAAGCCUACAAGACGUAGAAAUAGUGGAAGUACAUCAAAAAAUAAUGUAAUGAAAAAUAAGAAAAUGGGUAAAAGUGUUGAAGAACAGAAGAUAAUAUCCCAAUGUUUCAACAAGUCUCCAGGAAGCCAGAGUAAUGCUAAGGUUGAUAAUAAGAAUUUCAACUGCAAACAGACAAACAAUAGUGGUUUUUGUGAUAAGAGACGUACUUUAAAAGUGUCUUCCAGUAGUUAUUCUGCAGAAGCAUUAAUUGGACACCAAGGCCAAUCUGAUAAUAGUUCAAAAAAGGACCAAUCAUUUUGUGGUAACAGCAUGAAGAAUAUAUCUGUCCCUCCCUAUAUACCUGAUAAUAUAAUGCCAUACUUCCCCCCAGUUGAAUUACAACAAGAAAAUAUAAUGCAACAAAAUCAAAAUUACCAAAAUUUUCCUAACUUCACCACGUUUUCGAAUAAUACAUAUUCGACAAAUACUUUUAUACCUUCAAGUACGAUCACUACACCGUACAUCAGUUCUGCACCUUUUGUAACUGAAAUUGGAGUUGGAAAUGAAUUCACAUCAGAUAGUGUAAGUCUAUUCCAUAAUAACUCAAUGAAUAAGAUUAAAGUACCACCUAAAAACAACUCUGGGAAUAGAGAAGAAAAGAACAUUCAUGGUAAUUCAUGUUCAAGUAUUGGAAUGAAAAAAGGAAAGAAAAAAUCAACAAAUGAUGUCAAUAUAACAUCUAACUUGGUUGAUUUCCCGUUUUUACAUGUACCAGGAAGUAUAAACUCACCCUUACUUCCGGAUGAUUUCCAUUCACAUUCGACAUUCUUACCUCCACCUCCAACUCAGCCACAACUUUAUUCUUGUAAGAAUACCUUAUACACUCCAAAACAAAAUACUAUUACCUCAACUACGCCUCUACUACCUCUACCUCCAAUACCUCCUGUUACUAGAUCAGGAAUACAACAUCCAGAGAUAUCUCCAUCUCUAAACUCUGUUGGAAAUUCAUUAACUAAUUUCAAUUUGAGUACUAUAUUCCCUGAAAUUACAAGGAGUUCAAUAGCUGAUAUCUAUUCGGAAAAUCAAACUAAGGAACAGAACACCAGCAGACAUUAUCCAAACAGUUCGGUUCCUUUCAAUUCUAAGCCGACAUUUACGUAUCCAAAUGGACCAAUCACACAGCCUUAUGGAAUUGAUAACAGAUGAACUUGUUGAAGUAAUUUUGAGGCCAAUUUAGUCAAGCAGGCAAGUCAUGUAACUUUUGAUCAAGGUGAGAUCUUCCCGAAAGAAGAAAGUUUGAAUUUUUGAAAGAAUGUUGCUCAGAGUUGUGGAUGAUGAACUUAUAACAAGUGAUGGAGUAUAUCUUUGUUAUUGAACUGAACAAAUACGAAAAACACUGUAAAUGUCAGUCUAAGAUUUAUUAUUUCCACUUUCGAUGCAAAAUAUAUCAACACAAGAACAAAAAAAUAGAUAUAUUCAAAAUUCGUGGAUAGUCUUUUCCAGCCAGCUUCAUGGAAAUAGCCCUUAAAGUCCCGAGUACUUAUAGCUCUGGAAGGUGGAUGGAUUGACUGAAUUUUUUUUCCUUGAAGGAUUCAGAAUUGGAAAUAAUAAACCUAAAAUUGGAAGAUAAAUAAAUCAUUAUGUCAUCUU